GACGCCAAAUGUCGCCAUCGAUCAAUGACAUUUUGUGAAGUUGAAUUUAUUGAUAUAAAGCGUUAAUGUAAAUAAUAAACAAUUCCAACAUAAACGUCGGCUUCCAGUCGAUAUGUAUGCCAAGGGCAAAGGCUCUACGGUACCUUCGGACGCUCAGGCUCGCGAGAAGUUGGCCCUCUAUGUGUACGAGUACUUACUGCAUGUCGGGGCACAGAAAGCGGCGCAAACGUUCCUCUCUGAAAUACGAUGGGAAAAGAACAUAACGCUCGGCGAACCCCCCGGGUUCCUACAUUCCUGGUGGUGUGUGUUUUGGGAUCUUUAUUGCGCUGCACCAGAGCGAAGGGACACAUGUGAGCAUUCGUCAGAAGCGAAGGCUUUCCACGACUAUGGCUUCGUCAAUUCAGGAUAUGGUGUUAAUGGAAUCGGUCACAACGCUGGCCCGGCGCCUCCAAACGACGGCAUGGGGGGAGGUGGUAUGCCGCCCGGGUUCUUCCCGAACUCAUCCCUCCGACCGUCGCCCCCAGCGCCCCAUCCGGGCUCCCAACCGUCCCCGCAUGGACCACAGCCGCAGUUAAUGGGGACUGGACAGCCGUUUAUUGGGCCUUGGUACUCGGGCGGGCCGAGGUCUGCGGUCAGGAUGGGCAUGGGCAACGAUUUUAACGGGCCACCAGGCCAAGGCAUGAUGGGCAACUCUUUAGAACGGGGUGGUGGUGGAGGCGCUGGAAUGCUCGGAGGGCCUCGCAUGACCCCUCCAAGGCCCGGUAUGGGGCCUAUGAGCCCUGGUGCGUACGCGGCCGGCAUGCGCGGGCCUCCGCCACAGGGCGCAGGUAUGCCGCCAAUGGGUAUGGGUCCGCGGGGUGCCUGGGCGGGCGGUAGUGGGGCGGCUGGCGGGUCUGCCCCGCUGAACUACAGCGGCGGGUCGCCGGGCGCGUACGGAGCGCCACCCGGCUCGAACGGCCCGCCGGGCCCGCCGACGCCGAUAAUGCCCAGCCCGCAGGACUCGUCUAAUUCGGGCGGUGACAACAUGUACACAAUGAUGAAGCCCGUCGGCGGAGCGCUAGGGGCGGAGUUCCCACUCGCCGGCGAUCACGGGCCGUCAUCGCAGCACCUCACGCAACCGCCAACUAGCGAAGGUUUAGGCGGUGUUGACGGGAUGAAGUCGUCGCCGGGCGGCGUUGGGGGCGGAGGGCCGGGGACUCCGCGUGAAGACUCGGGCUCUGGAAUGGGGGACUACAACUUAAGUUUCGGCGGGCCGGGCGGCGAUCAGAGCGAUCAAACUGAAUCGGCCGCCAUUUUGAAGAUAAAGGAGAGCAUGCAGGAGGAGGCGAAGCGGUUCGAGAAGGAUCCGGACCAUCCGGACUAUUUUAUGCAGUGAAAGAUCAAUGGGUGAACGUACCGGUGUCUAUGGGGAGUGGCGCCAAACGUCAGUUAGCUGUCAAAAUGUCAUCUGUCACGUCAAAUGUUACUGUCAUAUGGAAGAUCAACUGUCUUACCACAAAAAACUUUAGACAGGGUUUAACUUUAAGCGCGGGUUCUCUUAAAUCUGGUUUUGUCGUAUUUCACAUAGACAACUAUUAAAGUGACAAAUUCCUUGUGUAAAGUUAGACUGUGUUGGAAUUUGUUUUUUGGUAAGACCACAACUAUCGUUGUCGAAUGGCUUAGCGGCGUUUUUGUAACUGUUGUAUGCAAAAUUGAACGGCAUUGAAAAUGUUAUUGAUGGAAAAUAUCAAUGAAAUUGCUACAAUGUCCGCGGUAAAAAUUUCUAACUAUUGUUGACAGUGUCGUAUGACCAAGUUUUUAAAUCAACUGUCCUGUCCACGACUAAAAUUGUCGUUCAUUCAAAUGUUGUAUGCUUUGCACAGGACUUGUAAAAAUCUUCGAUUAACAAAAUACCAACUGUAUGUAGUUGUCAUUGUCUAUGACAGUGACAUUCGGUCAACCUUUCUUAGCAUUUUUAGCUGUCACUGUCAAAGUGACGUCUAUGUGUCAAUGACAUUUGAAGACGGCUCUACCUAGCGACCUAUUUUACGCUGUAUUGUGUAAAUAAACGAUUAUAUUCGCAUUUUAUGUGUAUUUUAAUGAAAUAUUGGCGCCAAUUCGAUCUCUCAAGUUCAUUGUACGUUGAUCUCAGAAAUGGGAGUCCGGUAUGUGCAAAGGCUCGAACUGCCCCCGUACUAUGACGUCUUACAGCAGUAUUAUAUUUAGUGUGGAAACGAGAAAGCGCUAUAUCGGUCGUCUAGCGCCAUCUCUCUCCCACACUGGAAGAAUUACUGCUUUAAAACGUCACGGUUAUAUGAUCUUCCUUAUUUAUUGAGUUUUCAGCACCGCUCUAUGUAUUUUUUCUUUGGCGGCUUAUGGCUGUUAUGUUGUUACUAUAGAACUAAAUGAGCUUACGAUUUUUAUAGAAAAGUAAAGGGAGCACAGUGCGUCUCUUUCUAACUCGUCGGGUAAUAUAUUUUGUGUCUUUGUCACACGAUGGUUUUAGGCAGUUAUACACGAUUGUUUGAUGUUUUCUUCAUGAAAAUAAAUUUAAAAGGUACAUUAAACAACUUAGAAUGUACCUAUUUUUAAGUGUACCUACAAUUUUCUUUUACAUUUUAAAUGAAUUAAAAAAAAUUUUAGCUUAGACUGGGCAUUCGAUUUUGGACCUUAUUACACGAACAAAUAAAGUUGUAUGUUGAAUGAAAUGUUUUUCGUAAUUUACGUAAUAGCUCAUAAGCUGUCAAAGUCCACUAUCAGCACUGUAGUUGAAAUAGCAAUUGAUGAGUGUUUUUAUUUUUCUAUUUCAAAUGAAAUUGGACUUUGUUGUAGCGAGAUAAGAGUGGUUUUCCAAUGGAAGAGUAUUUUUAUAAUGUCGGUAAAGCUAGAUUGUCGUUACUCUUUUCUCUGAUGAAAUAUCAGUAUUUUUUUUUCUUUUCUACCCUCAUUUUUUUGUUCUUUUUAUGACACUUUCUGCUAAAAUUUAUUACCUAUAUGGUUUAAUCAAUAUCUGUCGAGCAUAGCUCAAUAAAUACAAAAAUUGCAACAACAAAGUUCAAUUUUAUUAUCUGUCAGUCUAACCGCGGGAAUUUGAAAAUACUGCCACAAUUAAAUCCAUGGAUUUUAAUAUUCGCGGCUGUAUAAAAAAAGAACCACAAUAGACAGUGCUUAUAGAAAAAAAAAAAAAAAAACAUUUUGACAGCUGUUAAAUUUUCGCGCGCUAGAC